UGAAAGCGGUGUUACGUAUUUAGGAUCGAAAGAAAAUUAUAUAUCGUUCGGUCACAAAAUGCAUAAAAUUUCCAUUUAAAAGCUUACAUACGUUUAUGGUAGUGGAUUUUUAAUGAAUUAAAGGCCACAUCUUUCAAAUUACAGAUAAUGAACCUGAAAAAGCGAUAAGAAAGUAGCCGUUCCAGAGAGUUCCUUUAAAAAUCUUUUUGACAAGCGAAAUACCCUUUCUGUUGCUAUCAUAAACACCCGUGGGGCAAGUGUUGAAUACAGUAGGGGAGUGUGAAGGUAAGGCCGUAUGAUGCCGGCCUCUUGGCACUGCUGUGCGAAGUGAACUAUGCACUGCGAAAUUGUGCUGUCUUAAGCGCUACGACAGCGAAUUGUUCGCCGCGCUGUCGGAAUGUUGAGUAUACUGUUCGUUGACGAGGACGUGCAGUUAUAAAUUGUCUUCACUUGCGGUGGAACAGAUAAAGGCCGACGAUGAAAGGAGAAAUGUCUGUGUUUUUCUAUUGUAAUUUGUUAAUUUUUACUUUAUUUACGACGUGUAGCCCUUCUCCAGCUUCGCCUCACAUUCAUGCGCACAAUCGUGGCCAAGAAAGAGAGGAGGAUGGCGGUUAUGUUCCAAGAGAUGCUCAACAUUAUGCUGGAGGCGAACAUCAUUCAGAAUUUGACCAUGUAGCUAUCCUAGGCAGUGUAAAGGAAGCAGAGGCAUUUGAUCAGCUGGAACCAGAGGAAGCCAAACGAAGGUUACGGAUAUUGCUCACCAAAAUGGAUUUGAAUAAUGAUCAGAUGAUUGACAGAAAUGAGUUACAUGCUUGGAUAAUACGUUCAUUCAAAAUGCUAUCAGAGGAAGAUGCAAAUGACCGUUUUGAAGAUGCUGAUGAAAAUGAGGAUGGGAAGGUGACAUGGGCAGAAUAUGCUGCUGACUCAUUUGGACUGGGUGCUAAUGAAGAUGAUGAUGUUUCCAAUGAUAGCAAUGACAGUGACGCAAAGAUAAUAAAGGAGGAUAAGAUGAUUUUUGAAGCUGCAGAUAAAAACAAAGAUGGAGCUUUAGACAAAUCAGAGUUUGUAAGGUUCAGCCAUCCUGAAGAUCAUCCUGAUAUGUUACCACUUAUAUUGAAACAAACAUUGAGUGAAAAGGACACUGAUGGUGAUGGCUUCAUAGACUUCAAAGAGUUUGUUGGCGAAAAAGCUCGGCAUGAAGACAAGGAGUGGCUUAUGGUAGAGAAAGAAAAAUUUGAUCAUGACUAUGACAAAGAUUCUGAUGGAAAACUUAACUCUGCUGAAAUUCUCUCCUGGGUUGUUCCCAGCGAUGAGGAGAUAGCAGAAGAUGAAGUUUCCCAUCUGUUUGCUGAGUCUGAUGACAAUGAGGAUGGUAUUUUAUCAUUUGAUGAAAUAAUUAACCACCAUGAAACAUUUGUUGGUAGUGAAGUUACUGAUUACGGUGAUCACCUGCAUAACAUUCAUGUCUUUCAAGAUGAACUGUGAUCUUCCUGUUUUGUGCCACAAUAAUAUUUAUUCUUAGUAUUUAUUGUUUUUUUAAAGUGUGUAAAUAAAUGAGUGACAGAGUG